AUGGCAAGCCCGAUGUCGGCGUCCUUGCGCCUGGCCUUGGCGCUGGCGCUGCUGGCCGGCGUCCUCGGCACCGUGGCGGGAUUCUACCUGCCGGGAGUGGCGCCGAGGGACUUCCAGGAGGGCGACCAUGCGAGCUUCAAGGUGAACAAGCUGUCCUCUACCAAGACCCAGCUGCCCUAUGAGUACUACAGCCUGCCAUACUGCAAGCCCGAGAAGGUCAAGAGCAUGGCAGAGAACCUUGGGGAAGUCUUGAGGGGCGACAGAAUUGAGACUUCAGUGUUUGAGUUUGAGUUUUUGAGGGAGCGUCAGUGCAAAGUGGCCUGUCGGAAAACUCUCACAAAGGAUGAUGUGAAGAACUUUGAGUCGAAAAUCGACGAUGAGUACAGAGUGAACAUGAUCUUUGACAACUUGCCUGUUGGCAUCUUGAGAGAAUUGAGGACCGUUGAUGAAAAUGGAAAGGUCGUCAGCGUGUAUGACAGAGGCUACCCUGUGGGGUACAAAGAUGAGGAUCAAUAUAUAUUGUUCAAUCAUCUUCGGUUCACCAUUCACUACCACAAGGACAUCAACAGAGGCUCAUCACGUGUGGUGGGGUUUGAGGUCACACCUUACUCAGUGCACCAUGAUCCUGAGAGCAACGAUGCCAUUCCCAAGCUCUCCACCUGCAAUCCUGAAGAUCCACCUCAACGGUUUAAUGCUCCCUUCCAGCUAGUCCUGGAACAAGAGGUCAUCUUCACAUAUGAUGUCCUGUUCAAGGAUAGCAACGUGCGCUGGGCGUCACGAUGGGACUCCUACCUUGCCUUCCGGAGGAAUGACCAGAUCCACUGGUUCUCCAUCAUAAAUUCACUCAUGAUUGUCGUCUUUCUGUCAGGGAUGGUUGCGAUGAUCAUGCUGAGGACGCUGCAUCGGGACAUUGCAAAGUACAAUCAGCUGGAGACUGUGGAAGAGGCCCAAGAGGAGUCUGGAUGGAAGCUGGUCCAUGGCGAUGUCUUCCGCCCACCCAGCAAUGCUUCAUGGCUGGCUGUUCACGUCGGUGUUGGUGUUCAACUGUUUGGCAUGUUGAUCGUGGCCAUAUUUUUCGCUCUGCUGGGCUUCCUGUCACCUGCCAAUCGUGGAUCCCUCAUGACCGCGAUCCUGGUACUGUUUGUCUUCAUGGGAUUCUUUGCGGGAUUCUACUCAGCACGUUUGUAUAAAACGUUCAAGGGGAGUCAGUGGAAGACCACCACGAUUCGAACAGCUUUCUUCUUCCCAGGCGUCUGCUUUGCCAUCUUUUUCGUCCUCAACCUCUUGAUCUGGGGCCAGAAAUCAUCAGGGGCAGUCCCCUUCGGGACGCUUUUCGCCCUCUGCUGCCUGUGGUUCGGCAUUUCUGCCCCCCUUGUCUUCAUAGGCUCCUACCUGGGCUUCAAGAAGACACCCCAGGACGACCCCGUCCGGACCAACAAAAUACCCCGCCAGAUCCCUGAGCAGCCCUUCUACAUGCACCCCAUGCUAUCCUGCCUCAUUGGCGGCCUGCUGCCCUUUGGCGCUGUCUUCAUCGAGCUCUUCUUCAUCCUCACGUCCAUCUGGCUGCACCAAUUCUACUAUAUCUUUGGCUUCCUGACCCUGGUGUUCAUCAUCUUGAUCUUCACUUGCGCCGAGAUCACGAUUGUGCUGUGCUACUUCCAGCUGUGCAGCGAGGACUACCACUGGUGGUGGCGGUCAUUUUUUACGGCAGGCUCCUCCGCCCUGUACCUGUUCCUUUACUCAGCAUACUACUUCUACACAAAACUGGACAUCUCCAAGACGGUGUCAGCGAUGUUGUACUUUGGCUACAUGGGCAUCCUGUCGUAUGGGUUCUUCUGCGUGACGGGCAUGAUCGGGUUCUAUGCCUGCCACUGGUUUGUGCACAAAAUCUACGGCGCAGUGAAGUUUGACUGA